UUCACCAUUUUGCGACUGUAGUGUAGAAUGCACAGGGGCAGUAGUUUUUUUCCCUUUUAAGUUGCUUUACCGGAGAAACAUGGAGCGCCUUUAAUUGACAGCCGCGGACGACCGGCCGCCCUGCCCUACUUUACCUGGCGGACUCGGCAGAGACCCACCAUAUCGGCUGUGAGUCUCUGGAAAAAAGGGGGCAAGUGCCAAAGUCGCGCAACAAAGACGAGACAGGAUGAGUGAGAGAGGCCCCUUCAGAGGAGGAAAAUAGACAUAACACAAAGAAGGGCCAAAGAAAAGCUCUGGGAUAAAUAAAUAAAACAACUUGUUUAGAGAAAAGGCAAGCUAGAUGAAAAGAUGAAGCCGAUAAAAAAGCAGGGCCGGCGUUCGCCUCCCUCCACCCGCGCCAAAGGGGGAAAGCGUCGCGGAGCAGGGGAUGCCCCUGAAGGAGGGGAGAAGAGAGACUCGGAUGAGAACAGAGAUAGAAGCAGAUCCCCACAAAACCGUACACCCCCCUCUUCAUUUUCAUCAAAUUCACAUUCAGAGGCCUCCCAGAUGGACCCAAUCACAGCACGAGACACUUUAGAGGGUGGCGGUCUUCACAGAGAAGGGCUGUCAGAUGCAUCAGUAUCAGCCGUGAUGGACUCUGGGACAUUUUUGACAUCCUCGGACGAUAGAUCGUUGAGGUCAGCUGUGAGCGGCAGCAGCCACAGUGACAGUGGUGGAAGCAGUUGUAGUAAUAGUAGUACAACAAGCGCCAACAACAGCCCGAACCCCGCCUCCAGCCGUAAAACAGCCACCUUCAAGGCCCGCGUUCCCAAGAAGAAGUACACCUCUGAACACUGCUCGUCUGCUACUGGUAACCAUAGCAACCCGCCCUCCAACGCGCCCCCGUCUCUUCCUCUCUGCGGUGGGGUUAUUAACCGCGGGUCAACCAGUUCAGGAAAAGACUUUGUUGUGUCUCAGCCCGAUGGCAACAGUCACGACAGGAGACUGAUUGACAACUUUCACAGCGGGAUCGCUGUCGGAGAGGGCCGCGGGGACGGAUCCCCAGGCCCCCCUACGCUGACGCUGGCAGGGGACAGGGAAAGGCCCGGCGUAGUUGAAGGCGCGAGAGAUGCGGAGCGAACGUCUCCCGUCCUCCUACCCCGCUGCUCCUCAACAGAUACCGCCAGCGAGCACUCAGCUGACCUGGAGGUAGUCGUCGACACACGCGCCCUCACACAGAUGUCUGCACACGCACCACCCAGCCUCCCCGAUGCACUGUCCGACGCCCUCGCCAAAGGAAUGAAAAAUCAGCGUGUCCUCGCCCGACAGCUCAGCAGAAGAGGUGACGGGGAGGGAGGACGCGAGAGGCGGGACAAAGGGGUUUUCUCAGACUUGGUGUUCCGGGCUGGAGUGGUACGUAAGGUCAGCGGUGAAUUCGGAAGCCUAGAGGUGCAACUGAAUGGGGAGAAGACAAUGUGCCGUUAUCCGUAUCAACACGACAGCCCCCCAGGGGUGGUGGACAUUAUCCUAGACGCCCCACCGCCUGGUGUCCACCCAAUACCUAUUGGCACCCGUGUCUGUGUACCAUUUGGAAGUGAUGAGGGCAGCGAGAGCCAGGGCCAGUGGUACCGAGAGGGUGUGGUGACCCAGGUGGACACCCACCCUGCAGUGGCCAACCGCUACCGUGUCCUGCUGUCUGAGGAAAGACAUUCCGUAGACCAGGAAGAGGAUAGCAGAGGGACAGCUGUCGGGACCCAGGCAGUGUGGGUCUCCCGACAAACACUUCGUCUUCUGGUGCCACCUUGGGACCUGGACCUCCCGUCCGGAGGAGGACGGGAUGGAGAGGACGGGGACAGACACAAGGAAAUGGAACGAGAGGACAGGGAGGAGAUAGAUGUGGAGCAGGAGGUGUGUCGUUUGAGCCGUGGGAUGACUCCCGGCGUGGGAUCCGUGCUGAGCAGGGGAAUAUCCUACCCAGAUAUGGUCCCUGUUUCCUCCACAUCCAUCCACAACAUCACUUCCCCAGUCACCCCAGUCUCAGUCCUCAGCUUGGCUCCUGGCCGAGAGUGGGAAAUCGAGAAGGACUUGGAGAGGGAGCGGGACAUCCAGAGAAUACAGGAAAGAGAGAGGGAAAGACAGUGUGAAAGGGAGAACAGCGCAAAGCAGCAACAGCACCAACAACCCCAACAACCACAGCAACACCACCCAUACAUGCCACUUACUCCCGAAGAAGACAUGGAGGUGUCUCACUUUAACAUGCUUCCAAUGGGGGCGAUUAUACCUGGGGCCAAACCAAUGACACUUGCCCAGCACCGCCACAUCAUUUCUAAGCCUCCGCCUGGCUACCUCAAUCCCCACCUUUCUGUGGUGCGAGGCAUCGGGGUCCCUACCACCCACCCGGCCUUUAACCCCCAACCCCCUCCUUCACCUGUCCUAUUAGGCAUUGACCCAGCAACUGCAACAACUGCAGCUGUCAUUGCCACCCCUCAGCUUCACCCCCUCCCUCCCAUCUCCUCUUCCGACGCAUCCUCCUCCAGAGUAGACAAGGCCCCCGGUGGAUGUUCUUCUAGUGGAGGAGCUGGUGGCGGCGGAGGAUCUGUAUCAGGUUCAACCAUGUCCUCCUCCUCGCGUUCCCGCACCCCACUGACAGCUGCCCAGCAAAAGUACAAGAAGGGAGACGUGGUGUGCACACCAACAGGCAUCCGGAAGAAGUUCAACGGGAAGCAGUGGAGGAGGUUGUGCUCCAGGGAAGGCUGCUCAAAAGAGUCCCAACGCCGAGGAUACUGCUCCAGACACCUCUCAAUGAGGACCAAGGAGAUGGAAGCCAGUGGAGGCAGCCGGGAACGGGGCGGAGCCAGCAGCACAGGGACCUUGACGCCGUCUGACCUCCGAAUGAGCGGUGGAAGAGCGAGCUCAGAGUUCGACUGGGACGAGACGUCACGCGAGAGCAGCGAGGCCAGCAGCCGCGGAGGGGACUCCCGCCCCCGCCUGGUCCUUCCCUCAAUGCUGCCCCAGGACCUCUCUCGCUUUGACUUUGACGAGUGUGAGGCAGCGACCAUGCUGGUCUCCCUGGGGGGCUCCCGCUCAGGCACACCCUUAUACUCCCCUAUCUCCAACCAGUCGCCCUUCUCUCCUACGCCGUCACCCUCCCCCUCCCCGCUCCUCGGCUUUCGUCCUGCCAAUUUCAGCCCCAUCACAGCUCCUGGCCCACUUACGCCACGCCGCCAUCGCCAUCUUAGCGGCACUAAGAUGGGUACACCGGGUGUUGACCGAGAGCGCCACCUAUCUGGGAUUGUGCCUACUUAUCAGACAAAUCUCACUUUCACAGUACCGAUGAGCCCCAGCAAAAGGAAGCUCGACACCCACCCGCCCCCACCGCUGCCUGUAAUCCAGGACUACCAGAUCAAACCUGAGCAGCAUCAGCUGGUGGGCAUGAUGGGGGACCCGACCCUGGGCCACAACCCUGGAGGCUUCAGAGUCCUCUCCCCCCACAGUCAGCCCACAACCCCGUCCUCACUUUCCUUUCCCCGGCCUCGCAGCGCCACCAGCAGGCCACCAUCCUCCGCUGCCUCUACCCCGCCGCCCAUGCUGGUUUCUCCUACCCCGCCCUCCCCGCUGCCCCAGGAGCCCUCCCCACGCCGCAUUGUGCCCCUCCGGGAUUCCCCAGUCAUCGUCCGCAACCCAGAUGUCCCACUGGCCAAGUUCUCCGAAGGCCCGUUGGGGAGGAGAGAGAGGAGCAGGUCCAGAGAGCAAAGCCAGCCCCAACACACAGCUUUGCAGGGCCUCCAGGUGCCCGUUCCCAUCAACGGGGCCACCACCAACGGUGCAGUUCUGCUGCGCAACCCAACAUCCACUCUUGUCCUUGUCACCUCCAGCUCGUCACUGACUCCAGCCUCAGGGGGCCACACUGUCCUGUCCAGCCCCUCUGCGAUGCCCGCCUCAUCAGUCUCCAUCCUGUCCUCCUCUGGCUCUGGAGGCAGGGAGAGGGAGAGAAAACCGGAGGGACACCAAGACGCCUCCGGCGGGGGGCUGCCGCAGCCAGUAGCCUGUCACCCCACGCCGACUGCCUUGCUGCCACUCAUACUGCCGGCUGAGUCCCCUCACCCUGCUCCGCGCAAGCAAAUCAUCAUGGGACGUCCCGGGACUGUUUGGACCAACGUGGAGCCUCGGUCGGUGCCAGUGUUCCCUUGGCAUUCGCUCGUCCCUUUCCUGGAGCCCAGCCAAUCAGGAGCGGCUGCCCAGCCUGCCGAUGGCCAACAGCUCGUCAAUCAGAGCAGAGAGCCUCGGUGCGGCGUGGCCCUGGUGAGCGACGGGCGGGCCGGCCCUCCAGACCUAGAGAGGGGAUCCACGUCAUGCCCCACAGCGACCAAUGACAAUCCUCCUACAGACACGGGCGGGGCCGACAGCGAGACGGAGAGCGAUACAGACGACCCGUUCUCCCCGGGAGUGGCCAACGACGCGGCGCCCUCCACUGCCACUAUGAAAAGACGCACGCAGUCCCUCAGCGCCCUGCCCAAGGACGGGGACAGGAAGAGGGAGAAGGACCACAUCCGCAGACCAAUGAACGCAUUCAUGAUCUUCAGCAAGCGCCACCGGGCCCUUGUGCACCAGCGGCAUCCCAACCAAGAUAACCGAACAGUCAGCAAGAUCCUGGGCGAGUGGUGGUACGCUCUGGGGCCCAACGAGAAGCAACAGUACCACGAUCUGGCCUUCCAGGUGAAAGAGGCCCACUUCAGAGCCCACCCGGACUGGAAGUGGUGUAACAAGGACCGCAGGAAGUCGCUAUCGGAGGGCCGCGGGAUGCCAAAGGAGUCACGGGAGAGGAGCAUGUCAGAGAGCCUAGAUCCCCAUCCGGAGUCCCAGGUGCUGGAGGGGGGGAAGGGAGGAGGCGCGUGCUGGCCAAGCGGAUUGGAGCGUCGAGCGGGGCUGUUUGCCGGGCCGCAUGCUCGUCCCCGAGCCUUUUCCCAGAGUGCCGUGCACACCCUGGAGCAGAGGGAGAGAGACCUGGAGAAGGAGGAGGGAGCCAGUUUGUUUCGCCAUCAGCCCUCGUCUCAGGUCCUGUACAAGGGCGGGCUCAGCGAGGAUGUGACCAGCGACGAAGAGCGCAUGGUCAUCUGUGAAGAGGAGGGAGACGACGACGUCAUGGAGGAUUCCUGUACUGAAGGCUCCAUCGACCUCAAGUGCAAAGAGAGGGUGACGGACAGCGAUGAGGACGAACCAGACGGACAGCACGGCUUGCAGCCAGUGACUCGCUCCUCUAUCCCUUCUUCCACUCCCUCCACCCCCCACUCCAACUCUACCGCUGCUAAAGAGAACAGAGGAGGAGGAGGAGGAGGAGGAGGAGGAAGCGCCGAGGGAUCCGAGAGGAAGAGAAAGAGAGACGGAGGAGAGGAGGGGAGCGAGGGAAGAUCCAAGACAGAAGAAGCUGCAGCAGAUGGAGUGGAGGGAGGUGGAGGAGGGUCCUCCUCUAUUUCCGCCGAAAGCUCGACAUCCAGCAACCAGGCUUCCCUUGCUCUGGCCCAGCAGGGUUUGACCCAGGUUCUCGGCGCCGUCAGCACGGCCCCCAGAAUGGUGACCAGUGUGGAGCGACCCGUCGCCAGCUCGCCCAGCCCCAUCACCAGCGAGCCAGCAGAAGGAGCCAUCGCUGGCAACACCCAGCCUCAGGAUAGGAAAGCCACUCCCCUGUUUGGGGGGGGCGAACCUCAGCAGCUACCAAUCGCCGUGGGUGGUGGGUACCUGUCCUCAUCCUCCUCCCCCAGUCCAAUCAAUGUAACUCCCCUACGGGGUGGCGACCUGGUCCCGGACCUAGUUCUGGGAGGGUCCUUUAACGCCGCCCAGCAAGUGCAGGUCCUCAUCCCGCAGCCGCACGCACAAACCCCCCUACCUGUCCUCCAGCCCCUGCUGCACACCACCGGCUCCUCCACCACUCUCACAGCCCCCGUCGACCCCGAGCCACUAGCGCAGGUCCAGUACAUCCUCCCCACAGAGGGUCCCUCCUCCCCCCAACUCACCCACCAGCAAAUUGUCUCGCUGCCCACCAAAACCGCCAUGGCCAAUGGCAUGCACUCAGGGGCGGGCAUCAGAGUUGCAUCAGUCAGCCCUGGAAACAGAGUCCAAACCCAGUUGCCGGUCUUGCAGAGCAAGAUGUUGGUUCCCAUGGCAACAGGGAGAACAGGGUCUACUCCUCCUCAUCCCUCCAUUUCUUUGGGAGCACCUCCUCUUCCUGUGCAGCACAGCUCUGUGACAGGAAACAAGAUCAUCCAGAUCGCUCCAAUGCCUGUGAUCCAGACCAACGUUCCCCCUUACGUCGCAGCAGCGGUGCAUCCUGGGAGCCCCUUUCCUGUUUCCAUGGCAACAGUUAUGGCUCCCGGUGGUGCGCCCCCACAGACCGUUCUUCUGACCUCUCCACCCACCAGGAUUACCUAUGUCCAGGCCGGCCCAGGAGUUAACACGACAACACCCAAACAUGCCACGCCUGCCCCGAGCGCUACCUAUCUCCCAUCGUCCUUGGCAGCCCUGGGCUUCACCGCCAUAGCUCCUGCAGGGCAAACCCUGGUUCAGCCACUGUUAGCCUCGCCCCCGCCCCCGAGCAGUCAAUCACAGACCUCGGGAGCCCCUGGUUUUCAGGUACUAACUGCCAUCCACUCUGCACCAACCGUUACGCUGCCCGCUGGUGUGGUCUCCAUGACAACUGUGCCACCCGCACUGGCCAGCCGGGACGUGAUCAGCCGCCCUUCGUCUCCAUUGGCGACAGGGGUGCAGGGCUUCGCUCCAUUGACCCGUCUGCCCGUUGCAGCAGAGGAGGUGAAGGUGGAGGUGAAGAGGGAGAACCCGACGGAUGGUCCGACUGAGGACGGGUGGUCGAGCUGUGCUGCCAGCUCCUCGUUUGCCAACUGUCCGAUUAAUGUUGCAGCAGUUAAAAAAGAGGAGGACUUUGGCCUUCAGAUCAAAGAAGAAAACCUCAGAGAUGAACACAGCGGAGAGAAUCAAAGCGACGUGGACACUGAGCAAGAGAGAGGCCUGAAAGAGAGCAGGGAAAAGAAGGGAGGCAGGGGGACAGAUAGAAAGGACCACAGCAUGGACCACAGCAGCAAAGAGGCCAGACCUCGCACCCCUCCUCCGCCACCCCUGGGUUUGGACCCCCCACCCCCUCCCCCUACGGAAAGAGAGCCCCCCUCUUCCUUGAAAAAGACCAAAUUCCGACCCCCGCCACUCAAGAAGACACCUGACUCUCUGGAGAAGGUCUUGUCGGAGUCGUACUUUGAAGAGCGUUUUGCUGAGCUUCCAGAGUUCAACCCGGAGGAGGUCCUUCCCUCGCCCACUCUGCAGAGUCUGGCCACCUCGCCAAGAGUCAUCCUGGAAAGCUACCGCAAGAAGGCACGCAACUCCACCGAGCUGGAGCCGACAGCCGAAGAACCCAGCUCCCCGAGGAGGAAGACCCGUUGUCUCUCCAGCUGCAGCUCGGAGCCCAACACCCCCAAGAGCGCCGCCAAGUGUGAGGGAGAGAUCUUCACCUUUGACCGAGCGGGAACAGAGGGAGAGGACCUUCUUGGAGACCCUGACCGGGUCUCCUACUCGUCUCUGCGCAGAACCCUGGAUCAGCGCCGGGCCCUGGUCAUGCAGCUGUUUCAGGAACAUGGCUUCUUUCCCUCAGCUCAGGCCACCGCCGGGUUCCAGGCGCGCUACUCGGACACCUUCCCCACCAAAGUGUGUCUGCAGCUGAAGAUCCGCGAAGUCCGCCAGAAGAUCAUGCAGACGACCACGCCCGGAACCUUCGAGCCGGGAGUGUUGGGCGGGUUGGCCGAAGCCGGCCCCGCCCCGUCCCACAGCACGUCCUUCCAUCACUCAGCCCUGGAGGACGGAGGGGGGGAGCAGCAAGGAGACAAAGCCAGGAGCCCCGAGGAGCCGAAAAGCCAGAUGUCCUAAACUGGACGGGAUGACAGAAAUAAAAAAAUUAAAGAAGAGAGAGAAGAACGUUCAGUCAGGCAGGAUCCGUUCUACUGGCACUCAUCUCCACCAGACCUGGGCAACAAUUGCGUCUGACUUGAGGAGCACUUGAUUCGUCUAAUCAAACCUUUUUUUUUUACUUUAAAAGUGGACAAGUCCCGACGAGUCAAGUGCUUCUUGCUGUCCACCCCCCCUCCAAUAUUUCCAGCUACCACUUCGCCCAGGUCUGCUAUCAGCACAUUUGUUCAGUAGUUUGAAGUUACACACACACACACAAACUUUGUGGGGCACACUCACUAUCUCUCCGGCACACACACAAACCCUGCUGCAAAUGUAAUCUCCAGCAUGCACAUGAUGCCACAUACACACACACACCAACACACACACACACACACCCUUACCAAAUCAGACUGUUACUCUUGGAUGGCGGUCCCUGGGAGGAGCUACCGAGCAUCAUGACACACAAAGGCACUUUGUCACUUACGGUGCAGAUGCAGUUUGCUGUUGCCAGCCAGCAAGCCAGCCCUCAGAUGCCAUUGACGUGACCUCCUUCUCGCCCCUUCCACUCCUCAGCACAGUGGUCGGGACACAAACACAACCCCAACGACCUCCACUGAUAUUCCACGGCCCCUCGAUGCUGCAAGACAGACAGCACAUGCAAGCAUAUAUAGCACACACACAAACAUGGACACACCUGUGCAGUGUGAACACACUUGUACACAAACAAUGUCAAAUCUGGUCCGACCAAGCCAUUGGCCUGCACAGUUUUUAGUGAAUGUAGUGAAAAGAAAGCGUGAAAUCAUUUUGCUCCUGGGAAAAGAAGAAAGGAAGGCAGGAGUUUGGAUGUAGUGUGACCAAUCUUUGCACCUUCAGUUAUUGCCAUUAUGAAAGACUGUGAGUCCCAGCUGACUCUAUAUGUCUGUAUGUCUGUUGGGGUCGCCUCCCCGGAAAAGAAACCUGUGCAAACAGGCCGCGUAAAGAGAUUAUGUAAAGAGACUAUUGGUUGUGAGGCUUUGAAGAAUCUAUGUUGAAGUUUGACACUGACUGACCGGCUCCAGACGGAGAACAGAGAAAAGAGGAGAAGAAGAAUGGUGGACGUUGCUCAUGGAUGGAGUAAUCAUAUUCCAACGAUAGGAAGACAAGAUAAUAAUGGCGAAUAAGGACAACAACUUGAUUAAGAAAGAAAAGGUAGAAUACCAACCAAACUUCUCUGAAUCUCCUAGUGGCUAUAAUGUUGCUUUCUCUCGUUAUUAUUGCCGUGGAAAUAACACGUUAUACCGUGGCCUGUUUUAUCUCUUGUGGCUCUAUUGUAUUUCUUCUCAAGCAUAAAAAAAAAAAAAAAUCUCAAAAAAAAUUAACUCUGGACAAAAAAGGGGACAAAAUCAGUCAGCGCCCCAUCCAACUUUGAAUUGUACCUGGGGCGGGUCUCUGCCUCUCCCCCCCUUCCCUUUGCCCCAUUUCCUCCUCUUCGAUUGUCACCAGACACACAAGUGGGGGGGAUUUGUGGUUUUGUAAAAACGUUGAAAUCAGGUGUUUGCACAAUUUGUGCGGCCCGUCUCGCCGCAAGUUAAAUCAGGAAAGUAUUGUUUUUAGAGAUUGUUUUAGUAGAAGAAAAAAAAUAAUAACCUUGUUCCGUACGUUAUCAACCAACUUAUUCCUUUUCUUGUGUCCCCCCCCCCCCCCCCCUCUCCCACACCCUUCUCUUUCAACUCUCAUCCCCUCAUUCCUCUUCUUUACCUCGGGCCCUCAAGUGUUGUUAGAAAGUGCCCUUAAGCACUGGUCCCGGGUCAAGCGCUAUGUAGCUCAGGAUGGUUCUGGCUAGGUUUUGUUCAGGGAAAGCAGAUCCUAGACCAGCUCUGGAGGGCAGUCUCUGGAGCCCUCCCCUCUUCCCUCUCUUCUCGACACUUUAUCCUUUCCCCUCAAAUGGUGCAAUAGGACAUUUAUUUUAUUAUUCUUUUUGGAAAUCGGUGGGUUAUUUCGUUUUUCGGGGGGAGGGCUCUGUGCCAUAGAUAUUAAAUCCAAUGCAGUCAGUCAGUGGAGGAAUGAGCUGUUGUGAUACUGUCUUCAACUAUGGUAUGAAACAAAACAAAAAAAGAAUCACACAAUUAUUGUUAUCGUUGAAGAUAUAGAGAGUAUAACUUACUAAAAGUCAAAGACAAUUUUUGAAUAGCACUUUUUGGCUCUUUGCCCCCCUCAGCAGAGAGCGGGGGCUAGUAAUUAUUAUGGGUAUCUCUAUUAUUUCUCUGUAUACAGUUGGAUGUGUGAGAAAAAAAAAAAAUAUAUAUAUAUAUAUAUAUAUACUGAUAUUUCCAUAUAUGUGCAUUUAGGUCUGUGUUUGGGUGUGUGUAUGUUUUGGCACAUGCAGGUAGCGUGUUAACACAACCAACCUCUUACUCUUUCUCCACACAGCCACAUUAACAAUAGUAUAUUUUUCAUCAUAUUCUAUAUUCUACUCUAGAGACCGUAUUUUUAUAGUCACCAUGACUAUUUUGUCCAGCAUCUUGACUGUUAUCAAACCCAGUUGAUUCAGGAUACAUAAUAAAUAUAUAUUCAGUAUAUACAAUAUAUAAAUAUAUAUGAAUACACACAGAUAAUAGAGGACUAUUAGUUCACAUCUCUUUGGGGUUAGGGCUAAACUGUCCGUCAGCAUGCAUGUGAAAUCACAUGCACGCAUGCACACACCCACACAGACAUAUGUGCAUCCACACACAUGUAUGUGUGUACACUGUAUGAUUGUGCUUAAAAAUAAACUGUCCUUACUUUGGAGAAGGAAAUUUAGGAUGAGCAAGGUGAGUGUUAUGUCAUAAGAAGGCAUGUUGACCAUGUGCAAUAUUUCUAAACAACAAAAAAACGACUAAAUAUUGAAAAUAUUAAAGUUCUAACACAAUG